AUGAAGGAUUACUUGAUAUAUUUUGCCCAAGCAUACCCUAACUUCAGAAGAGCUGAAUUAGAGUCUUUGGCUCAUUACCAUGGAAUAAAUAUCGACCUUCUGCAUCAUAGUGAAACCUCGCCUUUCCUUAUAGUACAACUCGAAAAUGACGAACAAGCCAGAAAGAUCAUGGAAAGAUCUGUCUUAAGUAGAGGAAUCUACGAAUUAUGGGGUCAAGGAAAUACCUUGGAGGAGUUACAUCAAAGCGUAAAGGAUAAUGACAAUGGGAAGUUCGAAUUGUACAACAAAUCUUCAUUCAAAUUUGAUUUCAUUGGUUAUAUGGGAAGAAGAAAUAAUAAGCAGAAGUUUGAAAUGAUAGAGUCUUUCCAAUUCUUAGCCUUUGAAGGACCCAUCAGAAUGAAAAACCCUGAUGAAGUGUACACAAUUUUAGAAGAGUAUGAAGUUAUGGACAGAGAAAAGGCUACCACGCCUAUAAAAAUGUGGUUUGGAAGAGAAAUUCAAUUGAGCGCCAGAUGUAAUAAUGUCUUAGAUAAGUACGAUUUAAAGUCCAGAAAGUAUAUUGGUACCACCUCAUUUGAUGCAGAGUUAGCUUUAGUUACCUGUAAUAUUGCUGAAGUUGGCCCUAAAAAGAUAGUGUAUGAUCCAUUCACAGGAACAGGUUCAUUUUUGGUAGCGGCCUCAAAUUAUGGAGGUUUAACUAUUGGUUCAGAUAUAGAUGUCAGGAUACUAAGAGGUAAAGGAGAUGUGAAUAUCAAACUGAACUUCAAACAGUAUGGAACCACCACCGAGUUCUUGGAUAUCUUAACUAUGGAUUUUACUAAUAACGCAUUCCGUCAAGAUUUCUUCAUUGACACUAUAGUUUGUGAUCCUCCAUAUGGUGUUAGAGAAGGAUUGAAAGUCUGUGGAGCUAAGAAUGAAGAGAAAGCUGCUGGUAGAGAAAAUGUCGUCAUCAAUGGUGAAAAGGCUCAUUUAAGAAGAGAUUUCAUUCAACCAAAGAAACCUUAUGAAUUAUCAAAUUUAUUAGAUGAUUUAUUGAAGUUUUCAGCUUCAAGAUUACCUGUGAAUGGAAGAUUGGCUUUCUGGAUGCCAACAGCCAACGAUGAUUUUGAAAUCAAUCAAAUACCUCAACAUGAGAACUUGGAAUUGUUAUAUAACUUGGAACAAGAAUUCAAUAAAUGGUCUAGAAGAUUACUUGUUUACGUGAAAAGAGAUGAAGAUUAUAAAGGGGUUACCAAAAACGGUUUAAAAGAGAAUAACAUUAAGAACUUCCGUGAUAGAUAUUUCAGAGGGUUUAGUGAAAAAAGUAAAUAG